UUAUUUGCUUACUUUGUUGGGCAUAAUGUAUUUGUAUAUGUAUCUGAGAAUAAGAUUUAGCCUACUUAAAAAAGGAACUCCUAACCGUAAUUGGGUUGGAGAAUAAUGAAGGCAUUGAUUGCUUUAUGAACACAACCAACAUCACACACUCCCCUUAGUCAACAAACCUUAAUCUCUGAAAGAGAAAAAAACGAGGAAACAAAUUAAACAAGAAAAAGAAAAGAGCAGAGAAGAGGGGUAGAAAAAGAAAAGAAGGAAAAGAAAGAAUUCCCAUCAGACACUCUCUGCUUUCCAUGCAAGCCCCUUUUUCUUGCUUUUUCCCCACCUCCUUCUUGUCUUAGACCUUCAAGGAUUUUCACCACAGAAGUUCUAUGUACUUGCUGCUUCAGCUUCUCUGUUUGUGUAGAGCAUCUUCAUUGAUGUUGCAUUUUGUCUCUAAUCACCGUCAAGAACAAUUCCAAAUGUGAGCAUAAUUGCAGGAAGAAGAAAAUUUCAUGCUAAAGCUAUAGAAAAGUCCUACAGUCAAUAAGGUUAAGUCAUCAUGGCAUCACUAGGCACCCCAAAAACUUGGAUUCCUUAUGUGAAUGGUAAAGACUGUUCUAAAGGGUUUUGUAGCUUGUACUGCCCACAGUGGUGCUACAUCAUCUUCCCUCCUCCUCCGCCUCCUCCUCCUUAUGAUGAAUUCCCAGAUGAUAAUUCAGGCCCGACUUUCUCCCCUCUUGUCAUUGCAAUUAUUGGUAUUCUGGUUAGUGCUUUUCUUCUAGUAAGUUACUAUACCAUAAUUUCGAAGUACUGUGGAAACAAUAAUAAUGAUUCAGCAAGAAGAAGAGAAAACCAAGAUCAAAUUGAAGAACUGGAGGACAAUCACAACCCAUCUCUCCAUGAACCUUGGCAUGUUACCACCACUGGCUUAGAUGAAGCUUUAAUCAAAUCAAUUACAAUGUGCAAGUACAGGAAAGGAGAUGGCUUGAUUGAAGGUACAGAUUGCUCUGUUUGUCUAAGUGAGUUUCAAGAAGAUGAAAGCAUAAGGCUUUUGCCUAAGUGUAGCCAUGCUUUCCAUGUCUCUUGCAUUGACACUUGGCUUAAAUCUCACUCGAAUUGCCCUCUGUGUCGAGCUAACAUCAUUUUCAUCAGCGCUUCACUUCCUCCAUUACCUCCUCCUCCACCUCCGCUCAUGGAAAGUCUACUUCCUGGUGAUGAACCCAUUCGAGGAAGUAACAGGGCAAAUGCAAAUGUGGCAGUUGCACAAGACAUAGAAAGGGAAAGGGUCGUCUCAUCAGAAGAUGAAACAGUGCAAAAUCAUGGAGCUCCAAAGGCACCACUGCGUGUUUUUAGCGAUUUGGGAAGCUUGGAAGAGAGAGAUGCCAUAAUUGAGAUUAGAGAUGAAAGGUAUCAUCGUCAACACAUCAGGAGAUCAUUUUCACUGGAUCAUCCAUGUCAAAGCCGUGCUUCGGUUGCUGAUAUCUUGAGAAUAAAUCAGGAUGAAGAUGUCAUUCUAAAUCCUGAAAAUUGCUUAUCAGGAGAUGCUGGAUCAUCGAAACAUUCAGUGGAAGUCAGCAAGUCUAAUAGCCAUAGAAGAAAAAGAGUUUUGCUCGGUGUACUAAGUCCUGUUACAAUGAAGAGAUCAUUUUCAAGUGGAAGAUUUUUCCUCACUAAGCAUGGAAGGGUACGUGACUUCAUUAGCCCCGUCUGAGAAACAAAAUUGAAUUUUCUUUCUUGAAAAAAUUAUUUGGUCGGCACAAUUAUGAGAAAACAAAAAUUUAAGGGAGAAUUUAGUUUUAGAAAAAGCUAAAUCUCGUACUGUACUAUUGUGAUUAUUACACCAAUCAUUUUCCAUAUUAGAUCUAAAAUGGAUGAGGAGGCCUAUGUGGGAUUAAAUCUUGUGAUUUGCUUGCUUAACUUUUACCACUUAACAUAAAA